GACGUCACUUCCGGUGGCUCGGCGCGGAUCGGUACGAUCAACGGACCGCGGAGCACCAUGCCCAAAUUUUACUGUGACUACUGCGAUACGUACCUCACCCAUGACUCUCCAUCUGUACGAAAGACACAUUGCAGUGGUAGGAAACACAAAGAGAAUGUGAAAGAUUACUAUCAAAAAUGGAUGGAAGAGCAAGCUCAGAGCCUGAUCGAUAAAACCACGGCUGCAUUUCAGCAAGGAAAAAUUCCUCCCACUCCAUUCUCUGCUCCUCCACCAGGAGGGGCUAUGAUCCCACCUCCUCCUAGUCUCCCGGGACCUCCUCGACCUGGUAUGAUGCCAGCACCACAUAUGGGAGGGCCCCCUAUGAUGCCUAUGAUGGGCCCCCCUCCUCCUGGAAUGAUGCCUGUGGGACCUGCUCCUGGGAUGAGGCCUCCCAUGGGAGGCCAUAUGCCUAUGAUGCCUGGACCUCCAAUGAUGAGACCUCCUGCUCGGCCUAUGAUGGUGCCCACUCGACCAGGAAUGACCCGCCCAGACAGAUAAGAAUAAAGGGAAAUCUAUUCAUGUCAUUUUUUUAUUCCUUGUUCUACUCCACCCAAACACCAUGGUGCUGCACCUCUGGGGUGUUUCCCAACAGCAUGGCAAGGAAGACUUGCUCUCACUUCUGUCAAAGAAGAAACCGUUUGAAAGGGAGCAGUUGGACAGAAAUGCAGCUUACAUUUAUAUUGUGAUGUGUAAAAAUAAAAAGUAUUGACUGUUUUAGCUAUA